GCUCUUGUAAAGCCGCAAGCGGCCCCGGGCGACGGCCUCUUCCAAACCUCCAAUCCCCAUGGCGAUGCCGCUGCGCGCUGCUCCACCCGCUACCACCGUCUGGAUAGAGGCUAGGCGCGACCGGCACGCAACUACUCUUCUUCGAAACCCUAAGCACUCUAGCCCGAACCCUCGCUUCUCAUUUCAGCGCAAGAGGAGCAACGAACGCUCCCGCUCCCUCCCUCUUGUCGCCGCGACCUCCGAUUCUCUUGGAAGCAAGUCUGCAGUUACUUCUGAAGGUCUUACAAGUUCCCUAGAAGGAGUAGAUGUUUUUGAUAUAACUGGGAAAGCAAUUCCUAUAACUGAUUUGUGGAAGAAUAGGAAAGCUGUAGUCGCAUUUGCACGCCAUUUUGGAUGUGUUCUGUGCCGUAAGCGAGCUGAUCUUCUUGCUUCCAAAAAGGAGCUCAUGGAUGCUGCUGGGGUUGCACUUGUUUUAAUUGGACCAGGUAGCACCGAUCAGGCGAAGGCAUUUGUUCAGCAAACCAAAUUCAAAGGAGAAGUUUAUGCAGAUCCUAGCCAUUCAUCAUUUAAUGCUCUUGAUUUUGCUUAUGGAGUAUCAACAACAUUUACUCCAUUGGCUGGAAUGAAGAUUAUACAGUCAUACAUUGAAGGUUAUAGACAGGACUGGGGGCUGUCAUUAAAAAAGAACACCAUGAGCAGAGGUGGUUGGCAACAAGGAGGAACUCUGGUAGCAGGCCCUGGAGUUAGUAACAUCUCAUAUAUCCACAAGGACAAAGAAGCUGGAGAUGAUCCAGAUAUUGAAGAUGUUGUGAAAGCAUGCUGUCUAUAAAAAAUUCAGUGGGUGUCUAUCUAUCGGUACCUUUGCAAGCUUGUACACAUGGUAUGCAUGGCUAAAUUUCACUGUAUAUAUUUGUACUAAUUGAGGAUAUGCCUUUUGGUAUAUUAUAUUUUAUGUGCUUUAGAAAAAUGAAAAAGGAUGAAGACUAUUGAAGUUUCAGUAUACUGUAAUUAGAAAUUCAAAACUCUUUCGUCAAAUAUUUUAUUGUCCA